AUGACGGUCUUUAAGAACAAUACCAUGGCCAAGCCUGGGCCAGUAUUCAGUGAGAUCUCGUUCAAACAUGUCAGUGAGAAGGAGAUUAGAGCAUACCGCACUAGCAAUGAGGAGGAGUUCGUUUCCCCACGCCUUCGCCAUUUCCUGAGCCUGCCACCUGAUCCACAGGAAGCUUUGUGUCAACAACCUAUCUCGUGUGUGGAGAACAUCAAGCGGGUUGGUGCUGCCGUAUAUGAAAAUUCCAGACUGGCAUUGUCUAUCGCAGACUAUGGCUCAGGCCUAUUAUCUUGUCUAACUACGGACAAAGGAGGUCGACCGCACACUAACAUCGAGAAUGAGGAUGCCAUCGUACGCUCUACACUACGGCAACUAUAUCGUGAUUUCUCCCAAGAUGGUUCACAAGAACGCGGCUUGUGCCACAAGACCAUAAUUCAAGACCUGGCCCGAGUGUUUGCUGGAAGAACGGUUGAGGAAAGGCAACGCAUCUUGGUACCAGGUGCAGGGCUCUUGAGACUGCCACUAUCCCUCCAACUCGCAGGAUACGAAGUUGAAGCCAAUGAACAUGAACGACUUUAUUGUCGAAUACUCAAACCCUCCUACAACAAUGCUUUUGAUGCAGUAACAACUCUUUUCUUCAUCGACACCGCCCGCAACUUACUGGAUUAUAUCACUGCAGUCAAUCAUUGUCUCAAACCUGGCGGAAUAUGGAUCAAUAUUGGACCACUUCUCUGGAACUGUUAUGAAAAUGGUCCGGCUGGACGACAGGAGGGCGAUGUUGAUGAUGACCUCUCUUGCAAGGCACGACACCGCCUUGACUCUAGUGAUCUGAAAGACUCUCGCCCUCAGAUGCUAGAAUUCUCUAAUGAUGAGGUCCUAUGCGUCCUUGAGUAUUUCGGCUUUGUGGUCGAAGUCCAGAACCCCGACAUUGGACGGGCAGGAUUUAUCGCCAACCCCAGGGGUAUGUUGCAGAACACGUAUCAGCUAUCACACUGGGUUGCUAGAAAAGAACUUUAA